UGGAACGUCAUCACACAGUAGUGUGUAAUCGCGUUUUGUCCCGUCAGCAGUUUAUCUUUAUUAUCCCCAAAAUGUCCAGUAGCUCGGAUGUACUGGCUCUGCUUCAGCGCCCACUGGAGCCAACGUUCUAUCCGAAAGACGACGGCAAGGUGGUGCUAGAAAUACCGGAUGAGUAUCUAACCGACCGCUACCGCCCGAUCGGCGACCAGCUCCAGAAACGAUUCACCGACAAUGUGGACAUUCGGAUCCCGGUGCGGAACGUUGGCACACCGGAUAUUGCCUUUGCGCAGGUGAUCGAUCGUCGGGCGUCGUUUUCAUUGUUCAUCGAGAAACACCGCGCAAUUGCGUCCAAGCUGAUCGAACUUUUCAUCGAACAGCCGGAUAUUCCUUCGCUGAUCGGAGUCGCGUCUUACUGUCGAGAUAGGUUGAAUGUAUUUCUGUUCCAGUACGCACUGGCGGUCGCCGUGCAGCAUCGAAAGGACACCAAUAGUGUGAACUUGCCUUCGAUUUUGGAGCUGUUUCCGGAUCAGUUUGUAGAUCCGGCCGUGUUUCCCAAGUUGCGUGAGGAGGGGAAAGUUGUCAGUCAAGCGAAUAGAAUGGUGAUUGAGCUGCCACAAAACUAUACGGCUUCCGAUCGAGAGGAUGAGCAACGGCUGGCUUAUUUCAGAGAGGAUAUUGGUGUGAACAUGCACCACUGGCAUUGGCAUCUGGUGUAUCCGACGUCUGGACCCAGGGAAAUAAUCGCCAAAGAUCGUCGAGGUGAAUUGUUCUUUUACAUGCAUCAGCAGAUUAUCCAUCGAUAUAACGUGGAAAGGUUUUGCAAUCGGUUGGGCAAAGUGAAGAGCAUGCAUAACUUCAGGGAACCCAUUCCGGAGGCGUAUUUCCCUAAAAUGGUGCGGAGUGCCAAUAACCGACCAUACGCGUCACGGCCGAAGAACUUCACAAUAAAAGAUAUUGAUCGUUACGUCGAAGGACUGAAGUUUACUAUUACUGAAAUGGAGCAAUGGAGAGACCGAAUCUACACAGCCAUCGAUGCAGGAUUUGUUGUAGACGCAAAUGGAAAAAAUGUUCCACUGGACGAAAAAACCGGAAUCGACAUCCUGUCCAACAUCGUUGAAGCAUCCGAUUUAUCGAUCAAUCCAAAACUGUACGGAAAUCUGCACAUCUCGGGUCAUAUUGCAUUGGCAUUCUGUCACGACCCGGACAAUCGCUAUCUGGAAGAGUACGGCAUUAUGGGAGACGUUGCCACGGCUCAACGAGAUCCCACCUUCUACAAGUGGCAUUCGUUCAUCGAUGAUAUCCUUGUGCGUCACAAGGAUACCUUCGAUCCGUAUACUGCCAAAGAUCUGUCCCUCCCUGGCGUCAGCAUUUCUAGUCUGAGUGUGUCGCUCAACCGACCAAAAGCUCCACCAAAUGUACUGUUGACCUACUGGCAGCGAGCCCAGGUUGACUUGGCCUCCGGAUUGGACUUUGGACCCGACGGAAGUGUGUUCGCUUCGUUUACUCAUCUGCAACACGCUCCAUUUUCGUACAACUUUGAAGUGAUGAACUCGAGCAGUGCACCUGUUCGUGGAACUGCCCGUAUUUUCAUUGCACCGAAAACGGACGAUCGCAACACUCCUCUGAAAUACAGCGAGUGGAGGGGAUACGUUGUGGAAAUGGAUAAGUUCGUGGUUACCUUGAGACCCGGAAGCAACCAAAUCACUCGUCGAUCGGAUCAAUCGAGUGUGACUGUGGCUUUCGAUCGUACUUUCCGGCAAAUUAAAACCGAUAAAGAUCUACCGGAUAGGGCCGACCUGGAAAGAUUCCGGUUCUGCGGUUGCGGAUGGCCAGAUCAUAUGCUUCUUCCUAAGGGAACGCCAGAAGGUAUGCGUUUCGAUCUGUUUGUCAUGAUUUCCAACUACGCUGACGAAGACAUUGGACAGAAUAUUGACAUGGCGAGUUCUGCCCAAUGCGAGGAUUCGCACUCGUUCUGUGGUUUACGUGAUCAGAAAUAUCCGGACGGCCGCUCUAUGGGAUUCCCGUUCGACCGCAAAUCGGCAAGCUCGGUCCAAACCGUGCAGGACUACGUAACCCCGUACCCAAACAUGCGAACCGCCGACAUCACAAUCAAAUUCACCAAUACGGUCAUUGCUAGGACGUGAUGCGAUUUUCCGUUCAGUACCGACCGCCAUCCUUUGAUUCACGGUUCCUCCCUACCUAAAGAACCAUUUUCUUCGUGUUCAUUAAUUAGCAAUCUCGAACGCUAGAAACUGUUCGGUUCUUAUUGCAGAUGCUUUGAAUAAAAUCUUAUUAUUUUUUGCCUCCAAUGCCGGAGCGUCAUCAAAGAGAA